AUGUCUUUCUUAGAUUCUUUCAGCUUGAAUUCCUGGAGUGACUAUAAGCUUAAUUUGAAAAAGAGGGCGGCAGAAAUAGAAAGAUCUAGAAAUUUAACAGGAGGCGGCCCAGCUUGUUCAAAAACUUUGAAUGAUUUUGAAUUAAAAAUUUUAGAAAUAUUAGGGGAAAGUUUUUUUAAAGGAACUGGAACUCAAGAAUUAGCUUCCACUGGACGACACGUUAGCGCUUCCACUUGAUGACAUGCAGCAUUAUGAUGCUACCCCAGUUGCAUCAACAUCAGCUGCUACAAAUUUUCCUAUUCUGGAGGAACAGCAAUCUGCACAACAAACCUUGACUCCUAAACCUCAACAAAUAGAAUUUAGGAAAAAUCCUAGAGUUGAAAAAUGUCUUUUUACAACCAAGGACCAUGAUUAUCUACCAUCUAAGACACCAACACGACAAUCUGAAAAUGAUGAAGUUAAGCUUUUAUAUAAAGAUACUGUUUCUAUAUUACACAGUAUUAACCAAAAUGUAUCAAAUAUUGCCCAGAAUGUAGGGGAACUAACUGAACAAAUUAAGGUUUAUGCAACAAAUUUAGAAAUGAUUUUACAGAAAUUAAGCCAAAAUAGCUCUUAACAUAUAUUUGUGUACUGAAAACCUCCAAGCAUCUGUUUGCAAAUUUGACUGUUGGUGUAACUCUUUUGAAUGCACCAUUUGUGAUAAGCACUUGUUUCUUAAAAUAUAUAUAUUUUUUUAGGUUCAGAUUGCUAGUUUAGCAAUACAAAAUGAUAAACUUUUUUUUGUUGAGGACUUUAUUUGUUCUCUAGAAUAUUUCUUCUUUGUGUAUAGUU